UCAGUUGGAAUUCAGUUUCGCUCCGCUUUAGGAGGGCCUUUUGAGAGGUGAGAAUUGCGCGAUUGAAUCGGUUUUUGAGGUUUUCUGACUGAAAGUUUGAGUGAUUUGGUGAGGUAUCGCUGCUGCUGAUUGCGGGCGUCCUCGGCCUGUUGGAUACUGCAGACUUCUGGACCGUUCUGGGUUUCUUCCUAGUGGCCUCUUACUAAGAUUUGCUUGCAUUCGAGUUGCUAAACAGGUAAAACGAUGUCAAGAUCAGCUGUGGCAGUGGCGGCGGCAAUGAGGCGUGCUGUGCGCUAGCAGGGAGUAUGGAAGCGCCGGAAUGGGCAUGCGUGCGCACCCCCGGGCCUCCCCGUCCGAUUCAGCUACUUCAUCGUCGUCGUAUCCGAUCCACCUGCGCCCCUCGUCGCUUUUCCUCGUCGCCCUCACUGGCUUCACCCUUACGUCUGCCUUGCUCCAAACCACAGUUUCAGCUAACACAGUGCCAGAAGUCGUCGAAACGAGUGAAGAUGGGGCAGGAAAUAGUGCCAGUGGCGGCGGUUACCAAGAUGCAGUGCAUAUUACGGCCAUUCUGGGAGAAUCAGUGGUGUUCAAUUGCCAGGUCGAGUUCCCCGAAGGACAUCCGGUUCCGUACGUGUUACAGUGGGAGAAGAAGGUAACCAGUCCGAAGAGCCGCACCCUGAUUGAGUACUUUUUAAAGGGGGUGGACAUUCCGAUUUACAUCUGGUACGAAAGUUAUCCAACUCAUAGCGCCGAAGGCUACGAGGGACGUGUCGGACGCGUUCCUGCGGGCUCCAAUUAUGGGGCCGCUUCACUCAACCUUACCGAUAUCCGGGAAUCUGACCAAGGAUGGUACGAAUGCAAAGUGGUGUUCCUUAACCGUUCCCCGAAACCACCCAAGAACGGCACCUGGUUCCAUCUCGACGUGCACGCGCCCCCCAGAUUUGCGGUAACUCCCGAUGAUAUUAUCUACGUGAAUCUGGGGGAUGCGAUCAUACUCACCUGCCAAGCGGUAGGAACGCCCACUCCCGAGAUCCUUUGGUAUAAAGAAGCCAACCCUGUCGAUCCCACAGCCACCGUAGGCAAUAUAGGAAUCUUCAACGAUGGUACUGAACUACGCAUAUCGAACAUUCGACACGAAGACAUCGGCGACUACACAUGCAUCGCACGAAACGGUGAAGGCCAGAUAUCACAUACAGCGAGAGUGAUUGUGGCUGGGGGAGCUGUAAUAAUGGUACCACCAAUCAACCAGACUACGCAAGAGGGCGAAAAGGUGCAAUUUACUUGCGAGGCCAAGGCACUGCCUGGCAAUGUAACAGUCAAGUGGUACCGGGAAGGAGCACCUGUGACCGAAUUGGCUGCUCUGGAGACCAGAGUUAAUGUUAGGAAGGACGGUGCAUUGGUGAUUAAUCCAGUGAUUCCAGAAGACUUCGGUCAGUAUCUUUGCGAAGUGAGCAACGGCAUUGGGGAGCCGCAGAGCGCGUCGGCGUAUUUGAACGUUGAAUACCCGGCACGAGUAACAUUCACUCCCACUGUACAAUACCUGCCCUUCCGAUUGGCUGGCGUCAUACAGUGCUACAUCAAAUCCAACCCCCCACUGCAAUAUGUGACUUGGACGAAGAGUCAGCGCGUACUCGAGCCAUAUCAGAUAAGGGAUGUCGUGGUGAUGAACAACGGCUCCUUACUAUUCACUAGAGUUAACGAAAACCAUCAGGGUCAGUACACGUGCACUCCCUACAAUGCACAUGGCACCAAAGGCGCUUCGGGGCCAAUGGAGGUUAUAGUGAAGAAACCUCCCAUUUUCACUAUACAGCCUGAGGCAAUGUACCAGAAGAAAGUGGGAGAAACUGUCGAAAUGCAAUGCGAUGCUGUUGGAGCUGAAAGCACCAAGAAGCCGACCAUACAAUGGCAAAAGAGAGAUGGUUCUCCUCUGCCGAAGGACCGCCUAAAAAUGGAUGGAGGUAACUUGACCAUUGAGGGUUUGCGCCGAUCGGACUUUGGGUUCUACCAGUGCGUAGCCACCAAUGAGGUCGCUUCUAUCGUUUUUUCCACUCAACUGGUGGUGGAAGGCACUCAACCACAUGCACCCUACAAUUUAUCAGGAUCAUCCACGGAGUUUAGUGUUACUCUCGGCUGGAUGCCAGGAUAUAGUGGAGGUCCGGACUACAAGCAAGACUACACAAUAUGGUACCGAGAGUCUGGCGUGACUGAUUGGUCAACAAUUCCUGUAACACCCUCUGGAAGUACGCAGGUGACGAUCAAUAGAUUGGCACCUGGAAGCACCUACGAGUUCCAAGUUGUUGGGAAAAACUCCCUGGGGGAGGGCAUGAUGAGCAAGAUUUUCACGAUAAGAACUUUAGAUUUGGUCUUGCUUACACGAGAAGACGUCACCCUGCCAGUCCAGAAUACUCCAGCUCCGAUCCAGCCGGCUGUUGCGAAUAACGGAAAUCCGGGCCCCACAGCUGGUUCUCCGAGGAAUUUGACGGUAACCGAAGUGGACCACGGUUUCCUCAUCACCUGGAUGCCACCUCUUGAGCGAUCAUUCGAUAUUCAUCAUUACGAAAUUAAAUACAGAACAGAUGGGCCUUGGAAAACGCUAAACAAGGCCCAGAUUAGGCCUGAAGACACUCAUUAUUUAGUGAAAAACUUGGUAGGCGGAAGGACUUACUAUUUUCGCAUAUUCGCUCAUGCUGGCGAUAACUACGAAGCUAGUGAGGAAGUUAAAUUUUCAGUGCCUGCACGUGUUAAGCAUAAGGCUAUCACGGCUGGAGUGGUAGGAGGAUUUCUGUUCUUUGUAGUGGCAAUUAUUCUGUCCGUGUGUGCCGUUAAAAUAUGCAAUAAGAGAAAAAGGCGGAAACAAGAAAAAGCAUACAACAUGGUAGCGUGUAGGAUUUCCGAUGCUAGGAACGGGAGUGGAGCCACCGAAAGUCAAGUGCCUUUGAAAAAACUUAGAAAAGGCAGAAUACCAGGUUUAAGCAUCGUAGCCUUCAUCGUGAACUGGAUUUGGCCGCGGGACCGCUGCAGAUCCGGCAGCAUUUCCAGCCUAACCUGGCACCCGGACUACAUCCAUCCUGGCUCGCCCAGCAAGUCACUCGGCCGAAUCUCCAGAGCGGCUGAUGGUAGGUUUGUGCUAGUAAACCCCCACGAUUUUCGGCCGCCCGGAACUCCUUCCAACGCUUCAAGUAGCGAUGAUGGCGGCUUUCUGCCCAGCCGAAGAGGAGUUCUGAAUCGGGCCUCGUGGCGGCGACCUUUAGUGGGUUACCCCAGCCAGUUGAGCCUCCGUUCUGAUGCCUCUGGCCAGUCGGCCGCUCACAUGGCUUACAUCAUCGAAACCCCACGUCGAGUUCAUCCCACCUUGCAAUUGGUGCCCACCUUCUACAGUCCGCAAACGCCGAGAAUCCAGAGCAGCUCCCCGGCAAACUCCAGUGGACUGUUGCUAUCCCCUUGGACUCCCAUGUACUUUAGUGACUUGAGUUCGGUUAGGUAUCCGAGUUCCGGUGAACGGUCGUUUCCAACUCCACCUGGGUUCAUGCAACUUAGAUCGGUGCAUGAGCGGUACUCGCAAGAAUUGCCGCCGCUGCGCGCUAUCCAUGAAGAGCAUCAAGGCUUUGUGCCGGUGCAGCCUUUACUAGAUAGUCCAAGGCCUAUCACAAUGCGGCCGCGGACUAGCAGACUGUUAACUCCGCGACAUGCGCGUCUAGCUCGGAGUGCUCCUGAACUGGACCAUUUGGACCGAUCGCCGGAAAGCCGAUCCAGCUCCAGUGGAUUUGGAAGCAAGAAUGCUUCCUCCCAACAGAAUCAAAGCUCGCAUAGCGGCAGCAGCUUUAUGGACUGGCGGCUGCCUCCGUACCGACCGCCUCCGCCACCUCCGCAGCUUCCACCGCCUCCUCCUUUAAUGAGGCACUGGCUAGAGUUGGCUUCCAGCAGUCCUUCCGCCUCCGAUCAUUUGCACAAAGCUGUGGAUGUGGGCAGUGUGGAUGGACAUUAUGAGUUUGAUCCCAGCACUCCCACUCCCACACCUUCGACUCCGACCGGUUCUCGAGACGUGGAUGUAGUGGACGCCGGUCCAGGCCAACCACAACGCAAGAGCUUUCCUCUCAGAUGCCGCUAUGAUAAUAUCGAUGCUCGAGUGCAAGCGAUGAAGGAGGAGUUCAACGAAUUUAGGAAGAGGCAGGCGAACAGGCGGAAAAGCUAUGAGCUUGAAAGCGCCUGUUGACACAUUUUCGGUUGUGUUCUACCCACUUGAGGAUCUUCUGAGGCACAGACUGCAAAUUCAACUUCCUCGUUUUGAGGAGGCUGGUGAUUAUUUUAGGUUCUGCCACAGUUGGACAAGUAGAUACAAUAAUUCAGAUUACAGUAGAAAUGUGAAACAGUGCUGGCCCUGAAGCUGUUUAGUUGCGGCUUCUUCACUUUUUCACUCACUAAUAUUAGAAUAAAUACAAACACACGCAAUAAUACCGGGUGCAGUUUGAAAGUCACUAUCGCCUCAAUUCACUUUGAAUGCACCAGAAUGUUUCAAAACAUUAGGAGAUUCAUGGAUUAAUUGCAAAAGAAACCAUCUGCUAUAGAAGGGAGCGAGUUUAAUUUAGUGUCCAAAAAACACGUAAAGGUGAGUGGAAGAGAGCAAUUUGCUUAAAAGCUUGGAAAUAGAGCAGAAUUCCAAUAAAGUAACAGUCAACCGCAAGGUUUCCUUAAAAAAAAUAUUUUGGAAAAAAGUUGAUAUAAUUGAUCCGCAAGUAACGCAAGCAGCGGAUCGCGUCCGUAAGUAACGUAACGGAUCCCCAAGUAACGUAACGGAUCCGCAAGUAACGCCCAGAUAUUUUAGGACAUCAUUUUAGAGACUAAAUUAAAUAAUAAAAGGCUAAACUAAUAAAGUUUCUAAACGUUUGGCGAAUUUUGCGUGUCUGCGCAAAAUCCUACUGCCGAUUCCUGGGGUGGAAACAUGGAUGAUUGGACAUUGGACAACGAAAAUGGACUGUUUUCGAAAUGCAGGGCGUCAAAAUUUACAUUAAAAAUUCGAAAAAAAUCAUUAUUUUGUUUGUAUCGGGGGUUUCUAGAGGGCGAUAAAUUAUAAUCCGUUUUCACACAUUUUCUAUGCACAUCGAAGAGGACGCUUCAGAGAUAUACGAAUCCUAAUAAAAUGUCCUUUAUGGUCUAGUAUAACAAAUAUUUGUGACCAGAGUUGUGUUAGUACACAUGUUUUAUAAAAAAACGGUCUCUUGGUCGAAGUUUCUACAAGCAUUCCUUCUUGACAUAUUGGAAGUUUAAAGUCCGCCCGAUCUGUCAUCACAAAUUAUUGCCGAUGAAUGAAAGCAGAUUGCAGAAGCAUUGCAGAUUUUGGUCACAACAUGUACAGAGUGUCUUCUUAAAAAUGGGGCAGAUUUUGUCAUUUGCAACAUUCCUUAGUGCUCUUCAUCAAAUUAUUUAGUCACAAUAAUUUUGAAGUAGAAAAUCUGUUUUUUUUUAAUUCGAAGAAUUGCCACCUUGUAUAUACGAUUCAGUUUUUCCGCGUUUUAAAUAAAAUUGUAUGUUUAGGUUGAAGAUUAAAUCGGUUCUAAGGAGAAGGCUUUAUGAAAAUUGUGAUAUACAGGGUAAAAAAAAUGAAUGCAACAAAAUGUUGUUGCAAUGUUUUUAUUUGUUUCUUCUGGUCUUUCUCUUGGAGAUUUACAUUGUGAUCAAUUGCUUAUUUCUCACAUUUUCGCAAAAAGUGAUGCAAUCAUAUCGAGACUUGCACGAAAAUCUGCAACUUAAUUUAUGAAGGCCUUGAUAUUCUUCAGCUAAGUUUUAUUAAACGUUCAAUUUAUUUUUAAGAGAGUGGAUUUUUGUCGAAAUGUAACGGAAAACAAUCCAAAAACACCGAUAUCCACAAGUAAAAAUAGGUUUUUGCGACAUAUUUCACUCCGUCUGUCUCAAACAGCGUCUCCAAUAAAUAACAACUGAUUUCUGAACUCGCUAAAAACAAUUAUGGAUGCAAUUCAAAAUUGCAAUUGUUUGCUUUCAUAGUGGAAAGCUGGAUAGUGACUGGAUAAACUCACUGCAAGUAGAUUAGAGUUUCAACGUCUCAGUUUAUAAUAAAAUAAUCAUAUAAUUUGUUUUAAUACUAAAUUUAGGGCCGACACUUUGUGCCUUGAUUGAUAACGAUUAAGGGUUUGGAGUCUGAUGCGUUAUAGUGUGAUUGCUAAGACACAAAGUUUUGGACCUUGAUAGUAAAUAAUAAAAUAUAAACAGUCAGUGUUGUGUGGAGUGCAAAAAUCAAACCUGAUGAGAACAUACUGAAAGAAGCGAGCAACAGAAACUUUAUUUUCAAUUCAGUGUGAUAUCCAAUAUACUUACGGAAACGAAAAAUAUGUUCUAAAUAUUUAACACAGAACCAAGUUGACUUUUUAGGAUAAAUUGGUAUAGUCUAAGUCAAUACACGACAAACUUUUGUAAAAUAGAACGUAUUUAUGUUGUAGCAGGAUAAAAUUGAAGCUCAAUUUACUCGGAAAAGUUGGAAGUAACUCGAUUUCUACGUGUUGGUGUAACUGAAAUUUUGAAUGUUCGGCUUUAUCCACAUAGGCCUGUCCAGAUUUAUUAGACUGUCGAUGAUGAAAGGCGCUAAAUUCGAAGAAAUUUACUUAUUUUCAAUUGGAGUACGUUUACAACACCAUACAAUAGUAUUGUGAUGACACAAAGGGCUAGAUCACAUCUCGAGUGAUCACAGCAUUCGAUAAUGGGAUUUUUGGGGUGAUUUUUCUAGCUCUUUGGAUAUUAAUAAUCUAAACGCUUUAGAGCGGUCUAACUACAGACUGCGACCAACAUUCACAAGAGGCUGUUGCGAUAUUGUAAUAUUAGCUGCUAGGGUAAAAUUUAUAUAACGUACUUUAAAAUGAUUUCGUUUCUUUAAUUUUUUUAAUUCCUAUAUUUUGAAGUGUACCCGAGGUGUUUAAAUGGGAGAAAACCAAUACGAAAAAAUCAAAUAAAUGUGUUUUCAUAGUUUCAACGUUAUCGUUUUCAAAUGUGUAAUUUUUAUAUAAAAAGUUUCCAUAUAAAUGAAUAUUCAAACCAGACGAGCGCAAGAGCAACAAUUUUUUUUACUUUAAUUCUGCAUUUCCCGCUGAAUUUUUUGCAAAACAGUACUUUGCUGCAACAAUUAUCAACCAAAAUUAGACGAAACAACAGUAUAUUUUGGUUAUCAUCAACUUUUCUGUUCGUUUUCAAAAAAUCUGUGGUUUAGCCUUUCAGGCUUAAUUAUGCGACGCCUUGGCGACACCCCGGUAUAAAUCCAAGAAAUUUUAUAGGAUUUAUAUCUCUUUAAUUUUCAAUGCGGAAUAAUUAUUAUAUAAAACACAUGUCGGUGUAAUGACGCGCUUCAACCAGGAUCAUCAGGAAAUGAAGUAGAUUGCAUAAGCCACUUUUCUUUGUUGUUUAGUGUUUUUCUUUGUUGUUGCUAAUUUAAUGUUUUCAAGAAAUUAUGUUCGCAGUUAAAUGGAAAGAAGGUUUUUUACAGAAACGUGCUAAUAAACAAUAAUGAAAUAGCAAAAAUUAAGGAAAUACAUAAACUUUAUUGCUUUAAUAAUAUCGCAAGCAAACAAAUUUAUUUGCUCUCGUACAUAUAAAAAUGGAUAACUUUUUUUUGUAAAAGUCGUACUGAGACAAUGCGAUCUCAGGAGACAUUGACUUAAAAAAAAACAAACUAUAAAUAGCGGUUUUUGGUUUCUUUGGGGAGUAAUAAUGAAUUAAAAACCCAUAGACUAAUACUCAAAAACUUUCAACUAACAAAAGCUGUUCUAUUCAUUAAAAAAAAACCCUCCGGUACACUUCAAAGCCAGCAGUUAUCAAAUGAAAAUUCAGAAUUUGCAUGUUUUUAUGCCGAGCUUUAUUUGACAAUUUAUUUAUUUAUAUUCGAUUGAUUCUGAGAAAAUGUCGCAUCAGAACCAUCUUCUGAUGUGCUUGGGUUAGUGUUCAAUUAAUUUCAGAUUGAAAAUCGAGUUUCUUAUUUCAAUUUGAUCCUUUCGUUUGUGAAAAUGUAAGAUUUUAAAAGUAAAGCUAAUUUAUAAAGAAAAAAUCUAUAAUAAGUAGCUUUAAUUUUUUGGAUAAACAAUGCCAUGUGAGGACUGGUUGUAUUAUAAAUACCAUUAAAGUCAAUAUAAAAGUAGUUAAUAAAUGUACGUUUUUGUUUUACUUUUUACGUUUAUUUUGUAAAAUUAGAAGGCCUUGUUGCGCGUAAGAACGAUACUUGAACAAGUCAUAUUGUAUUGCAGGUUAGUAAUUAUGUGGCUUUGGAAGGAAAACUGCGGAAGUACUUGAAACGGGCUUAUGAGCUUUAUCCUAAAAUGUGCAAUAAACCGUUCGCGCUUAGUUUUUCUUCGUAGCUCGUAAUGAUUUGUAAAUAGUUAAAUUUGUUCAUUAAUUUUAAAAACCUUCUCUUGCCAGAGGAUAAAGCCCAUCUAGUUGUAAGUUGUGUACAAGUAUAUUGAGUGUUAACUGCGCCGUUAAAAGCGUCUUAACACCCAAUAAAAGAAGCAUCAUGCAUUUACUAUGUUUUAAAUUAAUUAAUAUCGUACUGAUUAUUUGGUUAAGAUCUGACAAAAGUACAACUAUUUAUUUGUUAUAUAAUUGUCAUUUUUAUUAUUAUUUUAUGUUUUAGUUUUAAUAAAGGUUUCUUUUAUGUUUGUUAAACGAUUUUAAAGUCGACGUUCCUGAUGAUCAUUUUGAGUAUUUCGAUUCACAUUCUUUAAAUUUAGAUGUCGUUUGAUUGUUUGCAAGCUGUUUUUUCUGGUCAUAUAUAUUUAUAUACAGGGUGUUUAUUAGUGGGAAACGGUUUUAUGGUGUUUAAACGGUAUGAGAUGGGCAGAAAAUAAAAAUCCCGUGUGUUCUUAAUUUUGCAAUUGUCUGUGCUAAUAUUUGUUUAAAUGGCACGCGCAACAAUUUUUUAUUUUUGAACAAAGUUUAAAUCAUUUGACACCCCAAAGUCGACCGUUGUAAUGAGUGCUUAUAAACGUAUCUUGUUAGAAACCAUAACAAAUAAAAUCUUUAAUUUUUAUUUGGCUUAUGGAGGAAGAAGUGGGCUUACUUGAUCUGGCUUCAGAGUUCAAAGGCUACUCAGUUCCAUUUUCUACAAAUUAUCAAACUUGAAACAUUUAAAUUGACUAAACUAUUUUUCAUUUGGCGUGUUAUAGUUAUUAUCAACGAAUGCAGUAGAAUGCCAAACAAAUUCCAGUAACAAAAUUUCGGAUUUCACUUAAAAAUUUAGUUUUAGUCAAAUGAGAGACUUUGACCGUUUGCAUAAAACGCAUCUGAGUAACUAAUGAAACUUUGAAAUGAAAACAAUGGACCACAUUUCUUGCUCUAAAGGCCGAGGAUAAAAGCGGGUUACCAUCUCUUACCGUUUAUGAGAAGUUAGCUUCCAAAAUACCCGUUGCAACGGAAAAAAUUGGCGGUUAACUAGACGAACAAAUCGUCGACUAGAGAGCCUCAAAGGAUUGCAAAUUUAGCGCAGAAUUCAGAAAUGAAGAGAAAAUUUGGAUGUAUUUUUUAUGUUUGUAGUGCUUUUAUGAGACCUACCCUGACGUGGCAAAAUUAACAAAUACUUCCUACUAAUGAAACCCCCUAUAUAAAUUUGUCAAACUUUUUCUUAGCCUUUAACUUUCGUAUCUGUUAAUUUGUUUUUUUUAUGUAUGCCAAAUUACUGAAAUGCUUAGAUCAGGAACUAAAACUACGAUUCUGAAAGUGUUGCAUGCAGUAGAUGCCGUUUCAAUAGUUGUAAAGGCGAAUGAUCAAAAUACAAUGUACAUUGUUGAAAUACAGGAUCUUUAAUAUUGAAGGACAGCAAGUUGAAGAGUUUAUUCGAUUUUAUCGUCCAUGUGCUUUGUAUGUUGUUUGUCACCAUAUGAGUUAUUUUAUAACAAUGCACAUACACAUACAAUAAGUGGCGUCAAUAACUAUUCUAUAGAGAAACUGGAAAGGAAUGAAGUCUUCAACUUUUUGUGUUUGCAUAGUUUAUAGCUAUCAUUUCCAUGCACUUAUUAGGAAGUGGAUUAUUAAUUUUUAGAUAUUAUUUACACGUUUGAACUGUUUUCGCAUUGCCCACCAAACUGCUAAUUUAAAGUAACUGCCUAUAGGCUCAUAAGCGGGAUUUUGUAAAGUUGGCACAAUUUAAAAAAUCUGAUGCGAAAAUUCAAUUUAAUUUUCACUUGGCAUUUUUUCAAUUUUGGUAGUGGCUUCGAACGAAUAAUUCUGAAGUUUUGAUUGCGAGUUUUGAUGGGUUUCUUGCCAUCUUUACAAAAAUCCUUUGCUAGAACGAAAAUCGACAAUUUUUCCUAAAUUCUAAAAUACCAACAACUACUUUGCACUCUUCAGUUCCAUUUCCAUACAAAAUUUGGUACGGUUUGUCUUCGGUUCGUUUGAUGCGCAAUGAGAGUCCAGAAUGAUUCAGUUGUUACUAUGUAACUAUUGCUGUAAAAAAACGCAUCUACACUUGAAUAAGAUUUACAAAUAAAGUUGCGAUCUCAUAA